AUGGAUCCGAAAGUCCGACUUUCUGGCGUUCUCCUGGUUGUCGCGCUGGCCUUCAUCGCUCUCUCCCCACAGGGUCAGGAGGCGAUGGGUGGGCUGGGGGAUGGGGUGCUUGCAUGGACAGGUGUAUCUGUGCAGGUGGCAUCUGCAUCGCUGGUCAAAUCAAAUCAGAUCCGAUCUUCAGAGGACGUGAUUGGCCAAGUGGUGGAGUUUGAAAAGGAAGAAAUUGAAGCUCUGGAGGGCGGCAACGCUCGUCCACAAGCCACAGACAUAUCUGACCGGGUCACACAGCAGGAGGAGGAGCGGAGUUGGUGGAGGUGGGAUGCGGGGAAGGGCGAACUGGUGCAGAGGGAGGGGCCAGAGGGGCUGGCUGACGGGCAGGAAACACUUUUGUGGCUGCCCGAGAUCGUGUAUGAGGAUCUGGAGCUCAUGGAUUUGAGAUAUUUCCAGGGUUUGCACUGCUCGGCCCCGGCCUGCCCCUCUUUCUCUCGCUGUCGCACUGGCCGCAGGCAGGCAGGCAGGGUGCUGGCGUGCACCGGAAACGACCCCUUAUUGAGUGAUCCGUUACCAGGCAGCAACAAUGGUGGUGUAUCCGGUCAAACUGCUUCAAUGCAUGCGUCAAGGCCAGCAAAUUUCGGCGCGUCAGAGUCAGAUUGGAUGGGCACCGUAGGAUCGGCUGCGACGGACGCAUCAGGCUCGGCAUCUGCGACGGGGCUAGGUUCGGUAUCAGUGGACGCGUCUCCUCUGGUUGACCCCUUUCCUGUGUUCACCUCGCCUCCCCCCAACCACGUGAAGGAGAAUGCGAGCUACGAUGUGGCCGUUGCCGAGCCAUACGCUGCACAGGUAUUCCUGCUCGAGAACGUCUUCAUCAACGAUCGGGGCAUGGUGUUUGAUGCAAUGUACCACUACCGCCAUGGGCUGCUUUGUAGGUCCUGUCCUCUCGACUUUGGCCUAUACAUGGGGAACGAAACCAAGGUGCACGUGUACAGUGAGCUGCUCUCAUUGGCCAACUGGAACGGCGGGAACUUCUAUCAUUCGCUGCUUGAGGUCAUGCCCUCUCUGCUCUACCUGCGACCGUUCUUGGAAAAGAGACCCGACAUUCCCAUUCCAGUCAAGAUUGACCAGGACAAGCACGCGCGCCUGUUUUCACUCAUCAACAUCAACGCCUCAUCGCUCAAUUUCAAAACAGUCCGCAAGGAACACCUAUUCUUUGCUCGCCGCCUGCUCCUGCCGUCCAUUGCGCAGUGCGGCCGCCCGGCCGCCGCCCUCGUCCGGCACCUGCGCAAUCAUUACCUGCUCCCACCGUCCGCCCCGAGAAUCAAAUCUCGACACGAGCUGGCACAAUUUUCUGGUUACUCUGCGACUGCUACACCUGCUACACCUGAUAUGGGCUUCAUAGGUCCUGCUGCUACAGAUGUUACUGUCAACCCUGAGACUGCUGCCGCUACAGCUGCUGCAGGGGGUGGUGUGCUGGCGACGCCUGAUUGGUGCGUGGUGGUGGGACAGCGCGACACAACGAGGCGGAUUGUGGGGCGAACGCACAUUCUGGAGGAGCUUCUGGCGUUCUUUCCAAAAGAAAGGAUCGUGGUGUUCCGAGGAGACCUCCCUCUGCCUGAGGCAAAAGCGCUAUUCAACCGCGCUCGACUGUUUAUAACCCCUCACGGGGCCCUCAUGGCCAAUAUGGUUUUCAUGCCACCCGGAGGAUUCGUGCUGGAAGCGCGGCCGGAAGAUUUUGAUAACAAUCUGUAUGAUUAUUUGGCGUAUGUGUGUGAUUUGCAUUAUUAUUUGGUGAAGGGCGUUGGUGGGAAGGAUACGGAUAUUAGAGUGGAUAUGGAGGAGAUGGUAGGGGUGGUGGAUGUGAUUUCUAAAAUGCUGAUCGCACAAGGCUUGUAG